AUUCGACGUAUAUUCUAGACCUGUAUCUAGAUACCACCAUAUCAAAUAUAAACAAUUCAAUCCAAUGAUAUUUCGGAUUUUGAUACAGAAUAUAUAGAAUUAGUGUUGUUUUAAUUGAUCACAUAAGUACUAUGAUGCCACUCUUUUGAGAUAAUACCAAAUGGAUUGUAAAUACAAGACUUUGAACUUUUGUUUGAAAAGUUACUGGAUACGCAAAGGAAAACAAAUACAAACAAUACAAACAUUAAGAGAAUAUAGUCUUUUCUUCAUCUUCGGAUCAAUCGAACAUCAAUCCAAUAGAUAAGAAUUUGAGUCAACGCCGCUAAGAUCCGAACCAACACAACAGACGUUAUGUCAACUCGAAUACUGAUGAACACAGUAAUGAUGAGAGAAGAUGAAGCCAAGAAAAUAGCCCAGAAUAGCGUCCCUUCUACCUCUGUGAGUAAUAAAGCGAAGCGUCAACGUCUUGAUGAAAUCAAACGAGGUGUUGCGAACUGGAAGCGUGUUGAAUCAUUAGCAAAGGCACACUGGAAGACGUAUAAACCAAACACACAUGAUGGUGAAGCUAAACAGAGGAACUUUAUGUUGAAACCAUUGGAUACACUACCAUCUAAACCACUGAAGUUAAGUAGCAAGGUUCUAAAUAAAGUAACAUCCAGCCUAAAUGAAAAUUCCAGUGAUUCACCGAUGAACAUCGAACGUUCAUUACGUAACUUAUCGAGAUCAACUUCCACCUGGCAAGGCGGUGAAGAAAAGACACCAAUUUUACAGAAUGAUACGUUCUCUAACAGGUUUGCCCUGAAUAAUUCAUUGUAUAAUGAAGACCGUAUAAAGAAAAGAAUCAAAAGGAUAUGUCUGAAUGAUCAUGGUGUUGUCAACGAAACUCGACCUCCUGACGAAGGUGUACGGAGUAAGAUGACGUCAAGUUUUUCUUCUUCAUACGCAAACUCCUCACAACAUGGACAGAUAAAUAAAAGGAAAUACCAGUCAAAAGUGUCAUGUCAUUUUCAAUCCAAUAACGGUACAGUUGAUGUUAUAAAACCUAUUAAACUGGAUUCGUUGUCCAGUGGACGUCGAUUUAGAGACAUAAAUGAAAGUAUGCAAUUUGAUGGUGACUUCAUUCAACGAGAGAAGACAUUUGCUAUGAUGAAACGGGUCGACGGAAUGCUUGAAACAAAUCCAGAUAUAGUAGCUGUAAAUCGUGAUCAACCAGAACAGUGGAUUGAUACGUGUUCAACUGCGUGUAGUGAUUUCAUCUCGUCAGCCAUAGACAUUGCUGUACAGUCGGACUUUGAUGAAUAUGAUACCAUUGAUAAGCAGCUGCCACCCGAACGGCAGUUCACAUUUGUGAGAACAUUUUCUGACAAUGCUUCGUAUGUAAUGUUUCACAAUUAUUUAAGGGAGUUGCCAGAUAAGUUCAGACCGAUAAAAACAUGUCAAGAAUGGUUAGAUGUACAUGUAGAUAUUAAUGAAGUAUCUCAUCUGAUUUUAGAGUAGCUACUAUCUUCCCAUCUCUCUCAUCAAGCUAUUAUAUGCCUUCCUGCCUUCCGUGAAGGAACUUGUGAUAUUAUACAAAUAUUUAAUUCCGUUGAGGUGAAUGCUUGUGCAUUUUCCACAAGUGAUAUUCCACUAAGCUCAAAUUCACAAUUGAUGUUCCACUAAGCCCAA